AUGCGGCAUUCGUGGCUGUCGAAGGAAGACCCUGAGACUAAAUUGGGUAAUAUUCUGGACGGGAUGGACUCGAGUCUUCUGCAGCAAAAAGAUGUUGUUGAUGAUGAUGAUGAUGAUGAUGAUGAUGAUGAUGAUGAUGGAUUUACAGUGCUUAUUGUUUCCAUCGUCAACGUUUCAAGUGCUUCAUCGUAUUCAAGAAGGAUCUCGGCUUCCUCGAAGACGGUUUUGUGUAACGAUUUCGGUAUCGGCCCGCACAUCGGCCUCCCGACCUGCACCAAGGCAUUACCUGACUCCAUAGAGGAAGGUGUAGAGGAUCCCAACGGCUUCAAACUUGACAUGCGUGGUUCAUCACAGCACUUUAGCCUUUCACGAUACUCUGUCAAGUCAAAAGGGACCACAAGACCUUUCGUUCUGCAGGGUUCCGACGUCAUGUUAUUUUGA